UCAAAGUCUAACCAAAAAAAUAAUUGUCAUCGCAUCAUCGGCAUAGUUGCAAAAACUUCUUCAAAUUUAUAAAUUUGUUUUCCAAAUUUUGUUUAAUAAAAAAAAAUAUGUUGCGUGCUGAAAAUUUCCCCGAAUACCGUGUACCCGGAGUACAACAUGACGAUUUCUCCCCUUACGAAUCUAAUGGCGGGAGCAUCGUGGCCAUUGCUGGAGAUGACUUUGUCGUUGUUGCAGCCGAUAGCCGAUUGAGUAGUGGAUAUUCCAUUCACACUCGUGACCAGAACAAGCUUUUCAAGCUAUCACCACAAACAGUUUUGGGCUCGACUGGCUGCUGGUGUGAUACUUUGGCAUUGACUGCUUUGGUCAAAGCUCGUAUGCAAAUGUAUGUUCAUACUCAUCAGAGGACAAUGUCAACUGAUGCUGUGGCCCAAAUGUUGUCCAUUCUAAUGUACAACAAACGUUUUUUCCCAUACUAUGUGUCGAACGUUCUGGCCGGUUUGGAUGCCGAAGGUAAAGGUGUCGUUUACAGCUACGACCCUAUUGGACAUUGUGAACGGGCCAAAUAUCGUGCUGGAGGUUCCUCAGGACCACUAUUGCAACCGGUGUUGGACAAUCAGAUCGGUUACAAGAACAUGCAAUUAGAUGAGAAGCCAGUUUUGACUAAGGAACGUGCCACCGCAGUUGCUAUUGAUACUUUUAUUUCAGCAGCUGAACGUGAUAUCUACACUGGUGAUGCUGUGUACAUUAAUAUCAUCACCAAAGAUGGUGUUGAGGCUAAGGAGAUUCCUUUGAGGAAGGAUUAAGCGAGGAUAUUUCUUUUUUUAAUGAAUUUGUAAUUGUGUACUGGUCUCCGGUUAAUAAAAUUAAUUAAAACUAAAUGAAUAA